AUUAAUGCUGCUACCGUAGCCCACAGCCCAGACAGCAGCAGCACGAAUAUCCAGCACCGGGGAUGGUCUCAUCACUUUUAAAAAGCACUAUCAACGUUAUAUCUCCGCAAAAUGAAGUUCCCUUACUCAUAGCUUCGCGAGGAUAUGGUGAGGAGAAGGCGUCCCAUGCUGCAUUAGUGGAACAGUGACAUGCUGGCCUGUCUGCCAGCAUCAGGUGACCCUGCCAUCAGACUUCUCUCCCGCACGCAGAUGAACACUGGACUUCAGAAAUGGGAAACUACACAGAAGAUGAGAUCUGCCAACUAUCCAACCCCAGCAGAGUUGGAUGCCUAUGCUAAGAAAGUUGCCAACAACCCUCUGACCAUCCAGAUCUUCCCCAACAGUGUCAAAGUACCUCAAAGGAAGCACAUUCGCCGCACAGUCAACGGGCUCGACACGUCCUCGUCCAGCCAGCGCCACAGUCCUUACCCCUCUCAGGUCAGCUCCAGUCGGGGUCUGCUGGCUGUCCUCCGUACGCCUGCCAAAGGCGUCAAAGAGUCCGACGCUAGCCGCGCCCGGCAGCUUCAGAAGGGCGUCAUGAACCCUCACGGUGGGCCGUACGCCGCUCAAAGCACUUUAAAUCUUCCUCAACCUGCUCCUCACCUACAGGGCCCGUCUCAGCCUGCGGCCCAGAAGCAGGGCAUGGCUCACCCACAGGCGCUUCAUCAAAGCAUGACUCAUCCGAUGACUUUACAGCUGCCUCAAACCAUGCCGCACCCACAGGCUUUACAGCACAGGAACAUGGCUCAUUCGCAAGCUCUGCAGCGGCAGCAGAGUCUGUCCCAGGUCCAGACUCCGCAGCAGAGAUUGGCUCAUCCGCAAGGCAUACAGAGGCAGCAGGGUCUGCCUCAUACCCAGGCUCUGCAGCAGCAGCAGCAGCAGCAGCAGCAGCAGCAGAGCCAGUCUUGUCCACCAGUCGCACCACAGCAGCAUCUCUCUCAUCUGCAGACACUAAAGCAUCAGGCGGCUCCUCCGCAAGCUUUACUUUCACAACAGGGAGCGACUCAGGAUCUGCGCCACAUGUCUGAUGGAGCUCAGCUCCCGAGCCUGCAGCACAGCCAGGGGCUGGUUGGCUCACAGCCGCUUCCCCAGGCUGUGGGUACAGGACCCCCCACCAUGCCCAACAGCCUCCAGCAGCCCCCGCCAGGGGCAUACGGGCCCCGGAAGCUCCCCGACGCAGACGCCCCACCAAAUGUAACUGUAUCUACCUCCACCAUCCCACUGUCCAUGGCAGCCAGCCUGCAUCAGAACCGGCCGAGCGACCUGAGCAGCAUCGUGCACCAAAUCAACCAGCUGUGCCAGGCGCGGGCCGGCAUGGGCGCCACCUCGGUCUGCGAGGGCCAGAUCGCAAACCCCAGCCCCAUCAGCCGCAACCUGCUGAUCAACGCCAGCUCCAGGGUGUCCUGUCACCACCCGGCACUGGGCUCUGUGCCUAGCUGCCUCAUGGUGGGACCCCCAGACAAAGCUACAGCUCAGACUCCCAACGCUGCUCUCCAUUCCCAGCCCAAUAUAGCUGCUACUAAUAGUAUACCUGCCUUUCACGCAGACCCAGAGAAGGUACAACUGCAGCAGCAGCAGCAGCAACAGCUGCAGCACCAUUUACAUCAGCAGAAACAACAGUUGCAGCAGCAUCAUCUCCAACAGCUGCAGCAGCUGCAGCAGCAGCAGCGCUCCUGGGCCCAGCAUCAGCUGGCCCACAUGCAGCAGCCGCCUGAGGGGGCACAUCCCUGCAAGAACCCAAGGAUGGAGCCUCCGAGUGAGUGCGCUUUCCCCUCUCGAAACCUCAGCUAUUCCAACAAGCUACCCAACACGGCACAGUCCUUUCCUCUAAAACACCCUGCAGACAAACCACGGCCUUCAUCCCCCGUUAACUGCCCGGUAGGUUCUAUGCCUUACAUUAACGGCCACUACAUGCAGCCACCGUGGGGCAGCGUUCCCGCCACAGCAGGUAACAAUGGAACGGGCCCUCAGGACCUCCCGGUGGCUUUCCAGGGGGGGCAGGCCGCCGCCUCCACAGACCGCAUCCGUGGGGCAAAGUACAGGCCAGGAAAAGAGGGUCCUCCCGGCCAGUCCAAGUUGAUGCAGAAUGUGGAUUUCUUAGGAGGGGACUUCCAGAUGCCCAGCUUUCAGGAGCAGAACAUGGCUGUGUUGGAGAAGAUGCACAGGUCAGCCAUGGGCCAAGUUCAGGAGCCCAAUAACGGUGGGAGUGUUCACGCUCAUCACCCAGGCUACCGUUAAAGCGUGCCGCAUACCCCCCCCCACCCCCCCCCUUGGUGUGUUUUCCAACAGCCACUUUCAUCUUCUGUGGUUUAUUCUUUUAAGAUCUUGCAAGUGAUCAAUUACAUUUUAUUACUUCUAGGGAUGUUAAUGAUUAACCGUUAACCGACAAUAAGAAUUUUGACCGAUUUCAAUACUAUCAGUUGAACAGUUAAACAAUUCCAACACAAAGAAGUUGGCAUUUGUGCAUGAUAAAAGAAUAGGCUAUACAUGGGCUAUACAAUAUUUGUUAACUGCUAGUUAACUUGCCAGUGCUAACUUUGAACCAGCAAGUUGCAUUUUAGGCUGCUCUUUUUUUUUUCUCUUUCUGUUAAGUUUGAGGCUCUCUGCUGGACGACGCUCACAGCGGAGGGCUACGCGACACACGCCUCUCCAUCGAUGAGGACUGGCGGGUUAAAUCGGCCGUCCUACGCACACAGUAUGCUAGGCAGACACACAGCUGACAACCUGGCAGGUGGACGCGGUGGAGACGGGCUCAGACAUACUCUCUGCCGAUCGUUGUGGACUUGUGUCGGUCGCGCAAGCAAAUCCAGGCUGCAUGCGUCCACGACGACGACAGGAACAUUGUGGCCGUGCGACAGGUACAAGUCUGCGGCUGUCCACGGAGUGCAGAAAGUAUGCCCGUGCCUCCCGGACGGGUGAACUCCGUUGUCGGUUAACGGUUAAUUGUCGGCUAACGAGUGCUGGCUAAUCGAAGAAUCCGGGAAAAAAAGCUCUAAAUUAGCAUCCCUAAUAGCUCCACAGCUCGAUUUGUAGACCCACCAGGUUGUGACGUUUCAAAGUAUUCCUCAGGUCUUAAGCCAUGUCGUACCUUUGUUGCAGAUGAAGGGUUUUUUGAGAUUGUUGUCCACUGUUGAGUAGAAUUCCUCUUUUCAUCACUGGCAUGGAUGUGCUGCUCUUUGUUUCAUGUAUAUAUGGUGUUCUAAAAAUAUUAAUUUGCAGCUGAGAAUAUGCUUGCCAUGUGAUUGUCACAGUGCUUUUUUUCUAGGUUGACAUGGAACAACUCAACUUUUUUUUUUUUUUUUUUUUUCAGCAUUUGUGGCCUUACAACUGCCCAAAGGCAAGAUUUAGGAUGUCCUUGUGUAAUAUUUUUAUUUGCAAUUAUUUAUCCUCUUGACAGGUUUGUGAUCCAUUUUAAAUAAGGUUACUUGUAUAUGCAAUUGGUAAGACUGUUGAUAAAAGGUUUUGAGGUGUACACUCGUUAACGAGCUACAACUCCGAUCAGGAAUACAACGUGGUUUUCUGAACCGCACCGUGAGCGGUUCAGGCACUUUUUGCGUGGUUCCACAGGCGAUCAGCGUGCAAAAACGGCUAACUAUCACUGUUAAACACAACUUUAGUAGAGAUGCACCGAUCCGUAUCGCUGACAAUGGGGCCGAUCUAUUCAAUCCUCCGUUUAUAUAUACAUCAUACAUGACAUACUGGGAUUUAAAUGAGCAAUAUGUUGCUGCAUUUUGAAGAUUUUCGCCGCAGGAUUUAUUUUAAAUGAGUAACAAUUCAGUAAAUGUAUGUCUGUUUGAGUCAAGCCUGAUGUUGCCUCACACACGUGUGAUCCCAGUCACUUCAGCACGGUGAAGUAUACAACUUUAGAGCUGUACCCGACUCCGAAAAUUGUCAGUCGAUUCGGAUUCGGCUGUUUAAUACGAAUAUUAGCGGAGAAAGUUGGAUCAGUGCAUCUCUAAAUUUUAGUUAAA